GUGCUGUUCCCCCCCGUCUGUCCCUGAGAGGCCCGCGGCGUCUCCGCUUCGCCUCACCACCCACCACCUCCUCCUCGCCGGUACCCCUCGCCGGAGCCAGCGAGCUUCCGGCGAAGAAAUCCGGCGGGCACACCACACGGGGGCGGAGCAGGGGGGAAGGGGUCCGGCGCCGGAAUGGGGGCAAGCGGCCGGGUGCUCAACGCCGUCGUCGCUGGUGUCGCGUCGCUCUAGGGUUAGGUAGGUGUCCGUAGCUUUCUCCUUCGCUCCCCCUCCCUCCCCUUUGCCGCCCGGCGUCGCAUUGGGGUCCCGUGCCGACCGCCAGGCCGCGUGAUCCACCCGUGCUCGAGCUCGGAGAGGCUCCCGGUUGCGUGGCAUGGGGCCAUCUCUUCCGCCUGCUGCCGCUGACUGGGAAUUCGGCACCAUUUCUUCGCUCUGAGGAGUAGUAGGUGGCAGCAGUCGCCGAUCUGGAUGCCAUCUCAAGUCAUGGAUCCGAGGCGCCACCUCUCCCAGUUCAGCAAUCCAACCGUGGCUGCGUCCUCCUUCUCUGAGGAGCAGUUUCGCCUUCCCACAGAGAGGCAGGUCGGAUUUUGGAAGCAGGAGUCGCUGCAUCACAUUGGAAGCAAGUCAGUUGCAUCUUCUCCAAUUGAAAAGCCCCAACCCAUUGGGACAAAAACUGUGGGUCGGGUAGAACCACAACCAUACAAGCUGAGAGACCAGAAGACUGCAUUUAGCCUUGAGCACAAGACUUUUGGUCAAGAGAGACAUGUUAACCUACCACCAUCUCUGUGGAGAGCUGAUCAAGACCCUAACCUCCAAUCUGAUCCAUCUUUAUUUCCCGAUGGAAGGAGGACUAGUCCAAAUGAGGCCUACAACGAGAAUGGGCUUUUCUCAAGCUCCCUAUCAGAAAUUUUUGACAGAAAAUUGGGACUGAGAUCCAUGGAUGUGCGUCUACGCCAGCCAGUUCAAAAGGUUGAUCUAACUCAUGUAGAUGAUGAGCCCUUUGAGUUAACAGAGGAAAUCGAGGCGCAAAUAAUAGGAAACAUACUUCCUGAUGAUGAUGACCUACUAUCAGAUGUUCUUGAUGUUGGGUACACAGCCCAUGCUAACAUGGGUGAUGAUGUCGAUGAUGAUAUAUUCUACACUGGAGGCGGGAUGGAACUGGAAACCGAUGAAAAUAAAAAAAAUACAGAACUUAAUGGAGCUAAUGAUGGUCUUGGGUUGCUAAAUGGCACAAUGAAUGGUGAACAUCCAUAUGGGGAACACCCUUCAAGAACUCUUUUUGUCCGAAACAUUAAUAGCAGCGUUGAGGAUUCUGAAUUAAAACUCCUAUUUGAAAAUUAUGGAGAAAUCAGCAACCUUUACACUGCCUGCAAACAUCGUGGUUUUGUGAUGAUAUCUUACUAUGACAUAAGAUCAGCAUGGAAUGCCAUGAGGGCACUUCAAAACAAGCCACUCAGACGUAGAAAACUUGACAUACAUUACUCCAUUCCGAAGGACAAUCCUUCGGAGAAGGAUAUUAACCAGGGGAUGCUUGUUGUAUUUAAUGUUGACCCCUCUAUAACAAACAAUGAUAUCCAUCAGAUAUUUAGCGAAUAUGGUGACAUAAAAGAGAUUCGCGAUGCACCGCAAAAGGGCCAUCACAAAAUUAUAGAAUUUUAUGAUGUCAGAGCAGCCGAAGGUGCAGCUCGUGCUUUAAACAGGAGUGAUCUUGCUGGCAAGAAAAUAAAACUGGAGACUGGCCGUCUGAGUGGUGCUAGACGUUCAACACAGCACAUGUCCAAGGAGUUGGGGCAGGAAGAAUUUGGUGUAUGCAAACUGGGCAGUCCAAGCACAAAUAGCCCUUCAUUGCCUUCAUUGGGUUCAUCUAAUAUAGCAGCAAUGACAUCUUGUGGACGUGAAAAUGGGAGUAUGCAUGGUUUGCAUUCUGGACUUCUCACAUCAAUGAGCCCGUUCAGAGAGGCUUCAUUUCUGGGUCUAUCAUCUACCCUACCACAGAGCCUGUCCUCUCCCAUUGGAAUUGCUUCUGCUGCAACUCAUAGUAACCAGGCUCCCCUUGGUGAGCUCAGCCACUCUCUUAGUCGGAUGAAUGGGCAUGUGAAUUAUGGUUUUCAAGGCUUGGGUGCUAUUCAUCCCCAUUCUCUUCCUGAUGUUCACAAUGGAGCAAAUAAUGGCACCCCUUACAAUCUGAACACCAUCACACCUGUUGGUGUCAAUAAGAACUCAAGAACAGCUGAAGCAGUUGACAGCAGACAUCUUCAUAAAGUGGGUUCUGGCAAUCUCAAUGGGCACUCAUUUGAUCGUGCCGGUGAAGGAGCCAUGGGAUUUUCAAGAAGUGGAAGCGGUCAUAACUGUGGUCACCAGUUAAUGUGGAAUAAUUCAAAUAACUUCCACGGUCAUCCCAAUUCUCCUGUGCUGUGGCAAAAUCCCGGAUCAUUUGUAAAUAAUGUACCGUCUCGCCCCCCAGCACAAAUGCAUGGAGUUCCAAGAGCACCAUCACACAUGAUUGAGAAUGUUCUUCCAAUGCAUCAUCAUCAUGUGGGCUCUGCGCCAGCAAUCAAUCCGUCACUUUGGGACAGGCGGCAUGGCUAUGCAGGGGACUUGACAGAAGCAUCAAGUUUUCAUCCUGGCAGUGUUGGGAGCAUGGGAUUUCCUGGUAGCCCUCAGCUUCAUGGUCUGGAGCUAAAUAGCAUAUUUUCUCACACUGGUGGGAGUCGCAUGGAUCCAACUGUGUCUUCAGCUCAGAUCAGCGCACCAUCUCAACAGAGAGGUCCUAUGUUCCAUGGAAGGAAUCCUAUGGUCCCCCUUCCUUCAUUUGAUUCACCUGGUGAGCGGAUGAGAAGCCGGAGAAAUGAUUCAGGUGUUAACCAGUCUGAUAAUAAGCGGCAGUAUGAGCUUGAUGUUGACCGCAUAAUGCGGGGGGAAGACUCACGAACUACACUGAUGAUAAAGAAUAUCCCAAAUAAGUAUACCUCCAAGAUGCUCUUGGCUGCUAUUGAUGAAAGUCAUAAGGGCACUUAUGAUUUUAUUUACUUGCCAAUUGAUUUUAAGAAUAAAUGUAAUGUCGGCUAUGCUUUCAUCAACAUGACCAAUCCUCAGCAUAUCAUUCCGUUUUAUCAGAGUUUUAAUGGUAAAAAGUGGGAGAAGUUUAACAGUGAGAAGGUGGCAUCACUUGCUUAUGCCAGAAUCCAAGGGAAAACAGCCCUGAUUGCUCAUUUCCAGAACUCUAGUUUGAUGAAUGAGGACAAACGCUGCCGCCCCAUACUUUUCCACUCAGAUGGUCCUAAUGCAGGAGAUCAGGAACCUUUCCCCAUGGGUUCAAACAUCCGAGCCAGGUCUGGGAGAUCCCGGACUUCUUCGGGUGAAGAAAAUCACCAUGACAUCCAGACAGUCUUGACCAACGGUGACACUUCUUCCAAUGGAGCUGACAAUUCAGGUCCCACCAAGGAUACUGAGUAGCUGAACUGCAGCUUGCUGCAUCGCUAACCACAAAGGCCCAAGUUAUUACUUUUUGCAGACCUAUUUUCAGUUCUAGCCCCUCCCUUCCCAUUUCGAUUUUGUUUGUUAAGUCCUCCCGAUCUGUAUUUAUUAACUUGCAUGAUGCGGGUCACCGAAGACUUAGGCUGCUGCAGAAGUUUUGUCUCUGGCGGGAAGCUAUAUGCAAGAGGGUGGUACCGGUUCGUUCCCCAGAAUCUAUGUGCUUGUUAACCUGAAGGCCGAGAAAGGCGAAAAGGCGCAGGGAGAGCCUCCAGAUUUUGGUCGCUGUAAGAAUUAACCCCAUGUUGUACAGCUGGUCCCAGUAAUUUGUGCUGAGGGGAGAGUGAAGGAGUCAUUUGAUCAGUUUUUAGUGGUGGUGUGUGGAGAGGAAGAGUCUUGCCUGCUUUUCCUUUUUGAACUUUCUUUUGUGCCUUCACCUGUGUUACAUUUUGAGUCGAGGGCUCCUCUUAAAUUGUGUGCAGAGGGGCUCGAUUUUGUUACCCCAGAACAAGGCGCAUGUGCGUCGGCGUCGUCUUCUGCCACCGUAUCUAUCGACCUUAUGUACAUCUUCAUCUAUAUAUAGUAUGAGUUUUGAUGUCAUCUA